AUGCUGCUGCUGAGGCUCCAGGCUCUGACCGGUGAGCUGAAGAGCAGAGAGAGAAAAUUCAACCCUCUGAAGGUGCUGCAGCCCAAACGGCGCUUGCAGCAAAUACUGGCCUCCUCGCCCGUGCCGGCGCCCAAGCUGGCGGCAGGGUCGGGGACGACUGCGCCAGCGGCCACGGCGGCGGCUGCCAUUCCUGUGCCCGCGCCCCUUGCGUUUGACUACUGCAGGUUGAUAGAGCUAGACUACGUUCCCAUGGAGACAGGCUAUAUGGUCUCAAUGCGCCCAACUAAAGGCUAUGCAUCAACCAAGUCACCAACUAAAGGAUACACUUCUACCAAGCGGACACUGGCUACGCCCAGUAAUAGAGAUCCCCAUGGCAACGCCUCCCUCAGCAGCAGCAGCAACUCAGGCUCUUGUAAAGGCAGCGACUGCAGCCCCACCAAAGGACGUCACCAGAAGUACACGUCAUGUACAGACAACCAUGGUAUCCGGCCUCCUCCACCAGAGCAGUACCUUACACCCCUGCAGCAGAAGGAGGUGUGUAUCCGACACCUGCGGGCCAGGCUAAAAGAAACGAUGAACACACUACAAGACAGGGACACAGAGAUAGAUGAGCUGAGAGGCCAGCUUUACAGGAUGCAGGAGGACUGGGUUGAGGAGGAGUGUCACCGUGUGGAAGCUCAGCUGGCCCUGAAGGAGGCACGUCAGGAGAUCCAGCAGCUCAAACAGGCUGUGGACACUGUCCGUGCCAGGCUCAGUGAUGCCGGGGGUCUCAGUGGGGACAUUGGGGUCCAGAAGUACUUCCAGGACAUCAACACUCAGAAUCACAAGCUCGAGAACCUUUUGCUCAGUAUGGAGUUAGCCCAAGCUGGAUUAGCCAGAGACGGGGAAGCCAUACCAGGUUGUCGGACCCGUGUUGGAGGUUCAGCACCUGCGUCAGUAUCAGGGGAAAGUCCAGGGGGAAUACCCAAACCAGCAGUAGGAGGGAGGGGGUCUUGCUCCUGCGAUGCUUCCCCAGCCCGUUCUCUGACCCGUAGCUCCACCUACACUAAGCUCACCGAUCAGGCAUUGGCGGACCAGAAUGGCAAUGGGCAGGACUUUCCUUGUCUGUCAGGUGACGGCACCCAGGACAGUGGCUUUGUGUGCUGUGGGGAGAGCAGCGUCCCCAGCCGGGCCGACCUACUGCUGGAGGCCGCCUUCCUCUCUGAGGAAACAGCAUCUUUACUCAACUCCUACACGCAGAUGCCACACUCUUCCACCUACGAGAAGCUUUGCACAGGCGAGCGGUUGGCGCCCUUUCGUUGUGGCCUGGGUGGAGUGAGCUGUAUGAGCCACCCCUGCCUGUCGCACCACCACCUGUACCUGCAUCCCCUGCGGGAGACGGGCAUUCAGACUGAAAGCUGCCCGGUCCCUGCAACAGCAGGUUACCCCUCUGAUCUGGAUACCAUUGCAGAGCAACGCACUUACCGAUCCCAGGCCUGUAGCCCCACCUCCACUUGGAUGUCUGAUGAGGGGGAGGAGGAGCUGGACUCCAUCACCACGACAACUUCAGUAACCACAGCAACGGUCAUGAGUACAGCAACAGAGCCAAUCCCAGUCUCCAAAACACCACUGGUCCCUCCCUUACCACGGUCUGCUACUGUCGCAUUUUCCAUGGAGAAUCCUGUGUGUGGAGAGAAGGAGGGAGUGGAGGAAGAGGAAAAGCAGGAGAAAGAAAAGAGAGAGAAGGAAGCUGUUGCAACAGAGAAGCAUGAUGAAACAACAGUGACCAGGCUGGAGGAUGAAAGGCAGCAGAGGCAGAUGGGCUCAGUGGGAGGAAAUGAGGUGGAAGUUCAGGGAGGAUUGGAGGAGGCAGCACCAGAAGAACUGUGCGACUUAGCAGAGACAUCAACAGGGAUGCAGAGUGAGCUUAAGUUUGGAGGAUGCUGUGGAGAAAGCAGGCAGGGUGGGACAACACUGAAAAACCUCAGUACGGAAGAAGUUGGUCUAUCAGCAGGAUCAACUCAGGUAGAGACAGGACAGUUGAGUCCAAGUCGCCCAGGAUUAUCUCCAGGUGUAGAAAAGCCUCAUACCUCCCAGCCGAGGAGAUCUACUUCUCAUGAGGAGAUAGCUGGUGUAGUGGAGGUGCACAAUGAGGACGAUGAUGAAGAUGAAUCUAAAGAACAAGGUGCCGCAGAGGGCACCACAGAAGAGAAGGGAGAUACGUCUGACUCUGGGACAAUUCAGAAAAGCUACUGGAGUCGUCACUUCCUAGUUGAUCUGCUGGCAGUGGCUAUCCCUGUGGUGCCAACAGUGGCAUGGCUGUGCCGUGGUCCAGUCCGUGACGGUCAGCCCAUGUAUCAUAUAGGGUCACUGCUGCGAGGCUGUUGCACUGUGGCACUGCACUCGCUGCGCAGGGGAGGUGGAUUGAGGCAUUACCCCGCAGGCGGGGGAGACUUGGGUGGAUCACAGAUAUAA